AUGCCUAACAUGCCCAACAUAGAACUCCGUCAAACCUCCACCGAUUGGGACAUUCUUGGUAUCGUCAGAAUUGUACGAAUUAGGACUAUUUUUGGAUACCAAAUUCGUAUCGAGUUGUCGCGUGAAUGGAAGUGGUUUCUGAAUGUUGGAAGCGGGUAUCUGAGCCGGCUCUGUGCAUGGGCGAUUAUCCCGCCUACAGCGCAUAUGAUACAAUCUUUCCCUUCUUUCGAAGACUCGCCGGUUUUGUCCCAACAGCUUAUCAUCCCACUCCUCCAUACACUCUUAGGAAAGUCCAUCUCUUUCCUCUGGUCCAAUCCUUCUGUCAAGGCGAUCGUUGAUGAACAAAUCGUCUUUCCACCCUCAUCUUCAUUGUCAUCCGGUUUCCCUUCGUUACUGUUUUCCUCUGUACCACCGUCCACGGUUCAUUGCAAUUAUUUAGGACCUUCAUCUAGGCAGGUUACCAGCCCCUACAUUAUAGAACUCUACGUACGUGAUGCUCUUUUCACUCUCGGAUAUCAUUCUGAGGCACAAAUGGUCCAACGUCUGAGCGACCCAAAGGCACAGCGAUCCUCUCAUUUCCCAGUUUGCUGCUUGAAUUAG